CAAAAUUAUUUCAGCGUAAGCGUGAAUACUGUGAACCAAAAGUUUGGCAUCCCUGCUACAGUGAAAGAUGACUGCCACCUAUGGGUACCUAAAAGCAAACAGCCUGACAAUUUGGUAUAUCCGACUACCAAAGAGAAAAACGCUCGAUUACGGCUGCUAUACUGUGUGCUUCAUACUUCCCUGUGCUGCUGGAAAUCACCAUGGAAGGCUCAAGAUGGAGGGAACAGGGCCUGGGUGGCUUGUGCCUUCCUCCCACAAAGAUCACCAAAUGCUCCCGGCGCUUACUUCGACACAUCCAAGGAGUUCUGCAACAACAGAAGGGGAAACAAGGCUUCACAGUCCUCAUCUUUCACUGAGAGGAAUAACAGCACAUCUACAGAGUGGCGUUUACCUAUUCGCUCGCGCCGUGGCUGCCACGCAACCUAUCUGGGCGGCCGGCUGGCACAGCCCGCGGUCACCGGAGCGAUGCCGAAGAGGAAACUCCGGGUCCCUCUUGGGGCGAGGGGCGCGCUGCGGGCCGGCUCCGGGCGGGCAGCUCUCCCUCCUCGGCGGCGGCGGCGGCGGGGAUGCUCCGCUCUGCGGCCAGCGGCGGGCAGCGUCCAUUGCAGCUCGGCGGGUCCGCGUCCGGAGUCCAGGGGCUCCGGCAGUCAGCGGGGGCACCCGGCCCCCGCUCCCCUAA